AUGGCAAAAAGCGAUGGGUACGAUUAUUUUAGAAGAGCCAGUAUUUUUUGGAUAACUACAGUGGCGCUUUCGAUGGGAUACUUCACAGUAAGUCAAAGCCACAAAACGUGGAUGGUUUUGACGCAAUACCACCGCAAUUAUAAAGCAAAUUGUUAAAUUGACUCUGUGCCACCGUGACCGUGCCGUAAACAGCCGUAAACAAAGCCAAGGUGUCACUACGAAUGGACUCCGGAUGGAUCUCUAUUUUACUCGGCCAAAUUUGUGUUUUAUUGAGGCAUUUGUUUUUGUAGUUUAUUAUUCAAUUCCCGUGAAGUCCAUCGCGAAGUAGUACAGUAUUUAGCUUAUGAGGUUAGCCUAGAUGUUGCGCUUGCAAUGAAAGUGUAUCCAGGUCAUCAACCCUGCGAGUUAAAUAUUAAUUAUCCCUGCUGUAAGAUCCCUGCAAAUGUAAUUAAUUGGAAUAUUUGUACUUAAGUUAAACAUUUCAUAUUGUAUAGUUGCCGUUGUAAUUACCGAUUUAUAAGCUAUCUAUUAUUGCAGUUACUAGUGGGGAGUGGCUGAAUGGAGCUGCGCUGCGGAAUGGAAAGGAUCGAAAGAAUUCCAUGAUAUUGUAGAAAGCCAUUGACAUUUCUCUAACUAGGCCUAUUUAUCAGCCAUAGAUAGCCCUAUAGAUAACGCAGUAUGUUGUUCAAAAUCGGUUUUUGGAACGUGGGGAAAGUGAGUUUAACCUAACGUAGCAGGCGUAAAAAUAUAAUUUGGGUGAAAUAUGUCUCUUAGUUCUAGUCUGGCUAAAUACUAUCCCCCCAUUGACACUUAAUUUCCCCACCACAUCUAGCUUAUGCGUUGCCUUCCUCAGUCAUGUAAGUCAGAGGUCAUACUAAUGUCAGGAUGUGUGUGCAAACAAGGGAACCCCAGUGACAACUGCUUGCUAGCACUGUCAGCUCUUGGGUAGAGAAGCAAAAUGAGUUUGGCUAUAUCUUAACAAUGAUAAGCCAAAAGUGGAGGGUUAGUGCACAAUGGCCUCUGCACAAGCUGGAGGCCCUCUGGAAUGAAUAGGGCUGAAUAGUAUUUUUGUUAAGCAUGUUGCAACCUGUCAGAGGUGUACAUAAUAUACAAAACCCAAUGUUACAAUGACCAUGUGAUCAUAUUAGAUAAUGACUUGGAUGUGUGGCACAUGUGGGAUAUGUGUACACAAUUAAUGUUGUCAAAAGUUGGUGGAAGCAAUUCAUGUGUAUGGGGCACUGUUUAUGAACUGACUGUCUGACCGCAUCUCUGUUCUGUGUUUCAGUGGACGGUGUUCUGGCCACAGCAGGUCCCCUAUGACAACCUGGGUCCGCUUGGUACCCUGUCCAGAUACCUGGUGGACAAUCACCAUUCUCUCAUGUACAAAGGGUAAGUUAGUGUUCCUCCAUGAUAAUGUUUACAAGAUUCUGUCAUCAAGUAGUAUUGGGAAAAAUGUUGGCCAAACAGCUUUAUAGUCAGAAUGAGGAUAGUCAAUGUGAAAUUGAAAGAAAUGCUGACUGAAACUGCAGUUACAAUGUACAGCACAUGCAGCUUCUACAGUUGUAGGCCUAACUCUGUAAUAACCAAUCAUUUUAGAUGCAAAUUAACAAGGAAUAAUUACUGCGCUGGGUGGGUUUGCCAGCACACCAGAUCACUGUGAAUUAGAUUUCUAAUGAUGUGCCAAGUACCCACAGAAUACAGAGGCUUGGUCAGUCUGCAUAAUCAACUGUAGGCCUCCUGUAGCUCAGUUGGUAGAGCAUGGCGGUUGCAACGCCAGGGUUAUGAGUUCGAUUCCCACUCACUAACUGUAAGUCGCUCUGGAUAAGAGCGUCUCCUAAAAUGUAAAACGUGUCCCACUCCCUUUCAACAUUUUUACACUCUUAUCAAAACAUUUUCAAACAGUGUAACACUUCCACUCAUCAAUCACAUACAUGACCACUUAUGAAAUAUCAAAGAAACACUCACACAUUUUAUAUCCGUACAAGACCAAUGUGUUUUCUGUUUUUGAAUCUCUAAUCAUUUGCUGUGGUGUGGGACCAUGUCACGAUCGUCAUAAUGAGUGGACCAAGGCGCAGCGUGAUAUGCGUACAUCUUCUUUAAUAGUGUACUUUUCCAACACGAUACAAUAACAAAACAACAAACGAUACGUGACAGAAGAUCCCACCAAUACAGGACCAAGCAGCGUGUCCAGGAGCAAAUGCCGGAGGUAACGUUAGUGGAUGUCCUCCUCGGUUGGGGGCAGAUCACGGAGGAGGAGGCCGUCCGUUACCGGAGGGCGAUGAAGGGGGAGACCCAGGCAGGAGAGGAGAAGCGGCGCCAACCGGGCCGUCGUUGGACAGGCGAGAGGCACCCCCAAUACAUUUUUUGGGGGGGCACACGGCAUGGACGACGGGGCUGCUGGAGGCAGAUAAAGGGCGAGUUUGUGGACGAGGAGAGAAGGCCACCAGGUUACGGGGGCCAUUGGUCAGUAGAGGGAAGGAGAGUGUAGAGGCACGGCGAGAGGUACUGAGGUGUGUUACCAGUCCGGUCCGGCCCCGUUCCUGAUCCCCACACAAGGCCAGUGGUGUGUGUUCCCAGUACGGUCCGGCCUGUUCCUGUCCCUUCGCACCAAGCCUGUGAUGCGCGUCGCCGGCCCGGCCUGUUCCUGCCCCUCGCACCAAGCCUGUGGUGCGCGUCGCUAGCCCGGCCCGGCCUGUUCCUGCCCCUCGCACCAAGCCAGUGGUGCGCUUCGUCAGCCCGGUCCGUCCCUGCUCCCCGCACCAAGCCAAUGGUGCGCGUCGCCAGCCCGGCCCGGCCUGUUCCUGCUCCCCGCACCAAGCCUGUGGUGCGCGUCGUCAGUCCGGCACAGCCCGUGCCUGUUUCACCGGUGCCUGGUCAGGUACCGGUCAGCUGCUCCACACCGGAGCCUAAGCAAUCCGCUCCACCGAUGUCCAGUCCAGCUCCAGCCAGCGGGACCAGACCAGGGGCGCUACGGGGGGGUUGUUAGAGGGUGGUGGUCACGCCCGGAGCCGGAUCCGCCUCCGAGGAGGAAUGCCCACCCGGCCCCUCCCCUGUUGGGUUUAUGUUGGCGCGGUCGCAGUGCGCCUUUGGAGUGGGGGUACUGUCACGCCCUUGCUCUGGGGACUCUUGUAUGUUGAGCCAGGGUUUAGUUUAUUUGUGUAGUGUCUAUGUUUCGUUUUCUAUGUUCUGUUCUAGGUUAUGUGUUUCUAUGUUGGCCGGGGUGGUUCUCAAUCAGAGGCAACGAGAAUCAGCUGUUGCUUGUUGUCUCUGAUUGGGAACCAUACUUAGGCAGCCUGUUGUGCACUUGUGUUUCGUGGGAUCUUGUUCCGUGUAGGUUUGUGUUUGUUAACCGAGGACUUCACGUAUCGUUUUGUUGUUUUCGUAUUGUCAUUUGAGUACUCAUUAAAAGAUGUACGCAUUUGGUCCGUUGCUUACGACGAUCGUGACAGACCAUUACACUGUAGCUAGAGGAAAUCAUUGGUCACUUGCCAGAAAUAAUGUAAGAAUGUUUUUUAAAGAAAGCUGUUAGAGAUAGACUAGAAACAUCCUCAUUCUGAAUGUUGGGUGUUGCUCUGUGUUUCAGAUGGUGGGCAGCUUGGGUCGUCCACGUGGCAGAAGCCCUUGUUGCCAUGAAGGUCUGCAGGUAAGAUGGAUGUUCAUAUAUCCAUGUCUCCUCUAGGGGGUGCUAUUGUUCUGCUUUCUAUCAGGCUCCCUCUAGAGACAUGCUAUCACACCUACUUUUAACCCCCUGUAUGUCUAAGCCCUUAGAUCGCAAUAUCUAUUAAGCUAUAUGGAAUUGUUUUGAGAUGGCCAUUUUAAUUUAGAAUUUUAGGACCCUUGUAGGUAUAAAAAAAAUAUUUGAUAAAACAUUGAAUUUGGCCUUUACUGCUAUAGCCCAUAGAAACACAUUGAAUAACACAUUAAUAAAUGGCAAAACCAAAAGUAAAAAAAUUAAUCAUUUUAAUUUAAUUUUGACCCAUGUUUGGUCACGUUUUGUUUGGCACAUUUUACCCCCUACUACAAUUUGUACUGCCCGGUACUGGGUUAACCUUCAGACGACUCCCCUGAAGCUUGUGUGUGUCAUAGAGCAGAACAUCCGACACCUUCGUCUUUGUGAGAGUCUCCGCUAUCGAUAUUGGUGACAUAUUAGUUUGUAGUCGGUUUUGUGAAAAGACCUCUUCGAAAUGAGGACGUCCGCGACAGAGUUCAGAUGACUACCGUAAAGCUUGUGGAUGUCGUAGAGCCAAACAACCGACACUGUCGUGUUCGUGAAAGUCAACCCUGCUUUGGCAUAUUAGUUUGUAGCUCACAGAUGAUUUCGUGACAAUUUUCUUGUCCGGAUCCUCUCAUGUGUAGAAAAAGUCCGCUUUCACAAGCCCCAUGUUAUGGAAUAGUCGGAAACCUCAUAUAGGCGGAAAGAGGGGAUUGAGCUGCAGCCAUUACAAGAAACGGUGUCUCUAGCAUAAACACACAUGGAGCUAAUCGACUCAAGGGGGUUUAAGCCUACGUGUUAACUCAUGUUGCCCAAAGGUCAAAGAUAAUUGAAGAAGUGGGAGUCAUAGAGAUACUGUUGACUGUACAGAAUACAAUAGUUUUAUUGUGAUUAUUCUAGUGCACCAUCCCUCAUCAUGUUUUGUUUUGGCCAGAAGGGGGCAUCGUAUAACUGCAUGUCUAGUUACAUUUAAGAUCUUACUAUGCUCAGCCUUCUGUCUCCUCUAUUUAUAUUUGCCAAUUUGGACUCUACUCAAUACCUUAAGGGCCAUUGUGUUGUAGUCACUGACACUGAACCUGAGACUAAACUGCUGCCUGUCUGUGUGUGUGUGUGUGUGUGUGUGUGUGUGUGUGUGUGUGUCACUCUCUUCACAGUAACAAAGGGGUGGACGGCACAAUGACACGUUGCCUCUGGUUUGUCCAGACGGUGCUGUUUGGCUUUGCCUCUCUCGGCCUGCUACUCAAAUACAAACCUGACCACAGGACCAAACAACACUGA